AAACAGGGUCUGGACGAGAGAGAGAGACUCACAGACUGCCUCAUGACCAGGUAUGUAUAUUAAUAGCUGAGGGCAGUGAAAGUGAGAUAACCUACAUCUGCCAGAGAAUACAGAAACACCACUCUACAGCUCAGCAAUACAGUCCCAGAGAGCAAGGCUUGCGCAGAGACUGAUGUGACUUUAUCCCUCACUGCCUGGACUGAGCGAUGAGGGUCUGACAUGGAGCCAGCUCCAUCGGGGGAUGAGUGGGACGAUGACAUCGCCAACCAAUACAGCAUUGAGGAGAGCCUGCAGGAGCUGCAUAAGAGAGGGGGCUACCGGCCAGCUGUGAAAGAGGAAGGACAGGGGGAGAGCGCUACAGACAAUGAGAAGGUCAUCGCAGCUAUAAAGGCAGGUGACGAGGACGCCCUGUGCGAGCUGACAGUUCACCGCCACGCGUUUGAGGAAGCGGACAAGCGUGGCUGGCUGCCGAUCCACGAGGCUGCAGCCCAGAGCAACACCAACAUCUUAAAACUCACCUUCCAAGGCAAGCGGCACUCGAUCCGAUUGAUUUGCACGAUCCGUGUUGCUAGCACUAGGACAGCUGCUUCUCUUUUGUUAAGUUGGUCAUCAGCCUCCUCCCCCAGUGUGUGCGAUCCGGUGACCCUGCGGGGAGAGACCCCCCUGUUCCUGGCUGUGGACCGCGGCCUGAGAGACAACGCCACCUUCCUGCUGCUUAAUAACUGCAGCCCCAACACCAAGAACCUGGAGGAGGACUCCCCCAUAGUGGCAGCUGUAAAGAACGGCUCCUGUGAGCUGCUCUCUCUGCUGAUCCGCUUCGGCGCUGAUGUGAACCAGCAGGGGGUGCACCGGCGCACAGCUCUGCACGAGGCGGCUCGGCUGGGCCGCAGGGACACUGUGGACCUGCUCCUCCGCUGCGGAGCUGACCCAGACCCCCGCAGCAGCUACGGGCUCACCCCCCUGGCACUGGCGGCACAGUGUGGGCACACAGACAUCGUCCAAGCACUGCUGCAGAAAGGAGUCUCUGUUGAGUCCCAGGCUCUGGACUCUGCCUCCAUCCUGUUUGAAGCAGCUGCCUCAGGGAACCCCGACACCAUCGCUCUGCUGCUGGAGUACGGAGCCGACGCCAACGUGCCCAAAUACUCGGGACACCUGCCCAUCCACCGCGCGGCAUACCGGGGGCACCUGCACGCUCUGAAGCUGCUGAUCCCAGUGACCGAGCGCUCGGCGGUGAAGGAGAGCGGCAUGAGCCCCCUGCACUCUGCAGCCGCGGGGGGGCACCCGCAGUGCCUCGCCCUCCUCCUACAGGCCGGCUACGACGUCAACGUCAUGCUGGACCCUCACGUGCGCCGCGGCUAUGACGACCUCAGGAAGUCCGCUCUGUUCUUCGCUGUGUCCAACGGGGACCUGGCCUGCGUGCAGCUGCUGCUGGAGGCCGGCGCGCUGCCCAACCAGGACCCCGUCAACAGCCUGCAGGUGGCGCUGCGCCUGGGCAACCACCCGCUCAUCAGCCUGCUGCUGCGCCACGGGGCCAACGUGAACUACUACUGCCGCGUGAACACCACGCACUACCCCUCCGCGCUGCAGUACGCGCUGAAGGACGAGGUGGUGCUCAGGAUGCUGCUGGGGUACGGGUACGAUGUGCAGCGCUGCUUCCACUGCCCGUAUGGGGACCAGGCUCACCUGCCUGCAGACUACGAGGGCUGGAGCUCUGCCGUCAUCAAGGACACCAUGUUCUGUGAGGUAAUCACACUGAACUGCCUGAAGGAUAUCUCGGGGAAGGUUGUGCGGAUCAUGCUGGAUUACGUCGAUCACGUUCCAUUCUGCUCCAAACUCAAAGCUGUUCUGAUUCAACAGAAACAGUGGCCAGAGAUCCAACAGAUACAGCAGAGCCCACGCUGUCUGAAGCACCUCUGUCGUCUGCAGAUCCGCGGCUGUCUGGGUCGACUCCGCCUGCGCGCUCCAGUCUUCUUAACCUUCCUGCCACUUCCUAACCGGCUGAAAGACUUCCUGUUGUACCGGGAGUACGAUGUGAGGAGAGAGGGCCCCCUGCAGGGCUCCGGCUGACAGGACAGGACACACUGUCACAGGGAACGAGGACGGAGGCGCUUCAUUACACCACACAACUCUUUACAAAGCUGCAGCUGCACAUCACUUCAUUGCUUCACUCCACUUUACAAAGCUGCAGCUGCAUGUCGCUUCAUUACACCACACUCCACUUUACAAAGCUGCAGCUGCACGUCACUUAUUACACCACACUCCACUUUACAAAUAUAUAUAUAUAUAUAUACACACACACACUUGUAGUCAAGUGUUUACAUACCCCAAUGGAAAUGUAUAAUUUCUUGAAAUUUCUUGAAAACAAGUUUUGCUUUUGUGGAUGAGGAAAAGAAGUUACAAGAAACAGUCUACAAUUAUUUAUUUCAGCAAUUUUUCUUGUAAAACUCCAAAUUAACACAUGCUUUGUAACUACUUUAAUGACUGUGUGUAACACAUGCUUUGUAACUACUUUUGCUACUUGGAAUGUUUUAUAUUUUAAAACAAUGUAUGCUUAAUAAAUGUAAGCUUAUUAAACACUUAAUUUUCAGAAGAUAGAAAGAUUGCAUUUUGUAAAAUAGUCCAACCAUUCAUUCUGCAUGAAGCCCAGCCCUGGCUCAUGUGUCUCAGAUGAGAUUUGCACCCUCUGUACCCCAUCUAGAGUCACGGUAAUAAUUCAGUAACUGGGCCUUUUCUUGGAGAAGAACAUCUUUUAAAAUUUUAUUUUAUUUUAUUGCUCAAUUAUUUUACCACCAACCGCAGAAAUUCCCCACACAUCUCAAGAGAACUGGUUCAGUGGCGUCCUCCGAUCCCACGACUGAGCCAGCUUCCUCUUUUACACACAGUAACUCGAGAACAGAUGUCAGCGAGCUAGUGACCUCUGCAGGACAAAGGACAGCCCUGCAGUUGUCCGUUCUAAGCUCACUGGUCACCAGGCCAGCAGGGUUCGUGUAAUGCGAUUAGGAGAAACAGUCUCUGCUGGUUUUGCCUCCAUAACCCACGGGAGUGCCAGAGCCAAUGCGACGCUCCCUUCGGAGUCCCCAGUGAUAACCAGCCUACUUCACACAGCCAGGAUAUGACCCAGCGCUGUAUGACUCACCCUGCACAGCAUACGGCUGCGCUCUACCAGGUGAGCCGCUCUGGAGAAGAACAUCUUUAUACAGCUGACUCCUUUUAUUAAUAUCGCCUGCUGGGGAUGAAAUCUCAGGGAUGCAGUGGAUGUGGCCUUCCAGUCAGAUGCAAGUCACACUUUACCAAAAUGUGGUCACAAAGUAUAAAUCAGAGCCCUGAAACUUCUAACCAGCCCUCCGGAGAUGCUCUAGUACAGACACUUCUAACCAGCCCUCUGGAGAUGCUCUACAGACACUUCUAACCAGCCCUCUGGAGAUGCUCUACAGACACUUCUAACCAGCCCUCUGGAGAUGCUCUACAGACACUUCUAACCAGCCCUCCGGAGAUGCUCUAGUACAGGGUUCUGAAUCAAUUUUAGGUUUUAAAGACCCAGCUGCUUAUCCCGCGAUUUCCACAUGGAGCGCAUG